UUUGGUUACUGGUACCUUUUGAAUCGUGGAAGGGCUGCGGCAAUAUCCGUCGCCAAACGCUCCCCUUCCGCACCAGAGUCGGAUCAUUGGUUGACCCGAACCGAUUCAUAGCAGCAAUCUGCAAUCCCGGCCUUCACGGUCAUUGCUUCGGUCCCAAGUCGCAAGUGUUUCAAACCCAAAGUUUCUUUAGGGCUCUUACAGACAGUUUGCGUCAUUACAUUUAUGUAAAAUGGCGAUCGAGCCACCAUCUCCUCUCCGGCCAUGGUUCCUCGAUUUAGUACCACUCUUUGUGGUUCUCCUUAUAGCAGCUCAUGUACUUGCUUUGGUUUACUGGAUUUACAGACUAGCGACUGAUAAGCAACCCCAGAGAAGAAAGGCACACUAAAAUACAGUAUAAUAGGGUAUAAUGAAGUAAAAUUCCUAAAUGAAAAGAUUCGUCAACAUCCAGUGGUUUCAGCAGUAGAAAAAUGUCUAGAAGACAAGUCUACGGAUGACUCAAUAAAUGUCAGACACAUUGUUACUGCCUUCCAAUGUUUUCAUUUUGAGUGCUUGUCAGUAACCUAAUGUCCUAGGAUCAGCUUAUUAUAUUAUAGAAUAAGGUUUUAUCAUGUAAUUCAUAAUCUGAUGCUAUGCUUUAGAACAUUGAUUAUGACCUUUACAUUUUUGCUGAUGUAGUGAUGCAGAAAAGGAACAAGCUGAAACAGAAUGAUUUUAAUAGUAGGAAUAUUUAUAUAAUAA